AUGCAAUUACGAGAUAUGGCGCCCUCGUCGGCGCUGCUGGCCUCGCUGCUGGCCAUCCCCCAGCUGGUUUCCGCCUUCUAUCUCCCGGGUGUUGCGCCGACAUCCUACAAGAAGGGCGAUCUCGUCCCCCUUUACGUCAACAGCAUCAAGCCCGUCGCCGCUCUCUCCGACUCCCGGUUGCACUCGAUUGUGUCGUACGACUACUACCACCCCGCUUUCAAGUUCUGCGAGCCCGAGUCCGGGCCCGAGUAUGUGUCGGAGAGCCUGGGCAGCAUCCUGUUCGGAGACCGCAUCAUGACGUCUCCGUUCGAGCUCAAGAUGAAGAACAACGAGCAAUGCAAGCCGCUCUGCAUUCAAAAAUACCCCGCGGCCGCUGUCGCCUUCGUCAAGAGCCGUAUCGAACAAGGCUACAGCUUGAACUGGCUCGUCGACGGCUUGCCCGCCGGGCAGAAGAUCUACGACGACUUCACCAACACGACCUUCUACAACCCCGGGUUCCUGAUGGGUGGCGUUGACGAUAAUGGUAAGAUCGUCUACAACAACCACUACGACAUCUACAUCGAGUACCAUCCCGUCAACGGCGACGAGUCCCAGCUGCGUGUUGUCGGCGUCGUGGUCGAGCCGAGCUCGCGCGCUUACCCGGGCAUCCUUGACUGCAAGAACAAGAUGGAUCCCAUCAUCUUCGAGGAGGAUGGAACCGAGAAGGAGGUCAAGUUCUCGUAUUCAGUCUUCUGGACCGAGUCCAAGACGGCCUGGGCCACGCGUUGGGACAAGUACCUGCACGUCUUCGACCCCAAGAUCCACUGGUUCUGGCUCAUCGACACGGCCAUCAUCGUCAUCAUCCUGAUCCUCACCGUCAUGUCCAUCCUGGUCAAGACCCUCAGGAAGGACAUUGCUAGGUACAACCGCCUGGACCAAAUCAACUUGGACGACCUCUCGGGCACUUCGGCGCUGGAGGAUGGCGUGCAGGAGGAUUCUGGGUGGAAGCUGGUCCACGGCGACGUCUUCCGCAACCCUUCGAACCCUCUCCUCCUGUCGGUCCUCCUCGGAAACGGUGUUCAGCUCUUCGUCAUGACCGGCUUCACCAUCUGCUUCGCUCUCCUCGGCUUCCUGUCGCCCUCCAACCGCGGGUCGCUCGGAACCAUUAUCCUGCUGCUCUACACCCUCUUGGGCUUCGUCGGCGGUUACGUGUCUGCGAGGACCUACAAGUCGCUGCAGGGCGAGAAGUGGAAGAUGAACAUUGCGCUGACACCGAUCCUGGUGCCCAGCAUUGUCUUCGGGGCCUUUUUCUUCCUCGACCUCUUCCUCUGGGCGAAGCAGUCUUCUGGUGCCGUGCCCUUUACCACGAUGCUGGUCAUCAUCGCCAUCUGGUUCGUCUUGUCGGUGCCCCUGUCGUUCGCCGGGUCAUGGAUGGGCUUCCGCGCCUCGGUCCUCGAGCCCCCUGUCAGGACCAACCAGAUUCCGCGCCAGAUCCCGCCCACGACAACCUACCUCCGGCCGAUUCCUAGCAUGCUCAUCGUCGGUCUCCUGCCCUUCGGCGCCAUCUUUGUCGAGCUCUACUUCAUCAUGAGCUCCGUGUGGUUCAGCCGGAUCUACUACAUGUUUGGCUUCCUCUUCCUCUCGUACGGUCUCAUGAUCGUCACCACGGCCGCAGUUACCAUCCUGCUGGUGUACUUCCUCCUGUGCUCCGAGAACUACAACUGGCAAUGGCGCUCGUUCCUUGCCGCGGGCAUGAGCGGCGGCUACAUCUUCAUCAACUGCUUGCUGUACCUCUUUACCAAGCUGAACCUGAGCAACCUGUCCGGCACUGUACUCUAUAUUGGUUACAGCGCGCUCAUUUCCUUCUUGUUCUUCAUCCUCACAGGAUCGAUUGGCUACUUCGCCAGUUGGUGGUUCGUCAGAAAGAUCUACGCCUCCAUCAAGAUUGAUUAA